GCGUGUUUGGCUUUUUAAAAAACGUCUUCAAGUGGGCGGAGCUUCGCUAAGAGACGCAGCCUGUGUGAUUACAGCAACGCCAUGAACGCCAUCUGUUCUGCCCUGCUUCCGUGAAAUCCAACUCCAGUUUCAGAGUUUCCAAAGGGACGAGAUGGUGACCAAGAAAAUCCGCUCGGAGUACAUGAAGAAAUUCAAAGACCCCAAAUGGGAGACCUACACUAAGUGUUAUGAGGAGAUGCUGAAAUACAGGCUGACCCGCAGGCUGCUGGAGCACACACACAACCCCUGGUUCUGGAAUGGGUCCGACAGUGAUUCAGAGUCAGGAGGUAGGAGUCCCCCUUCUCCCAAUAAGAACCAGGUACAGUCUAGGACCACCAGGGCAGGGAUGGAGGCUGAACUGGAGGAAUGUGAGGGGUCGAGGACAGACAGACAGCAGGAGCAGCACACCAGAACCACACAGUCUGUACCCAGGCUUCCCCUUCAAGAGGAAGAGGAGGAGGAGGAGCAGGAGGAGGAGCAGGAGGAGAAUGUGUCUGCUGGACAUUCUGCAGGCUCACAGCUUGAUGGUGCCAGAGAGACAAGAGUACCAGAGGAGCAGAGAGAGGAGCAGAGAUCCAGCAGCAGAGGCAGCAAACGGCUAUCAGCCCCCCACAGGGAGCGGGACCAAGAGAGAGACACUGGACGACACCGACCACAGCAGAGUAAACCCCCCAAAUCCUCAAAACAAACCCAGCGGGUCAGGCCUGCACCAUCACGGCAGCCCAGGGAGGACAGUAAGGAGAGCAGACAUCCUUUUGCUCUGUACGGUUCAGGGGAGAGGGAUGCAGACAUUGCAGGUAGAAAGACGCACAACGUAGGCCCCAUAGCUUCGACUAAUGAGAUCCAUGAGUCGGCUCUACGUGCUAAGACCAGGCGCCAGGUGGAGCGUCAGGUCCAGACCCAGAGAACCGAGCGCCGGAGAGCCAAGUCUGUUGAUCUGGACAAGGCCAGGAAGCUGGUUCAACCUGAGUUCAACCCCUGGCUCACUGAGUACAUGCGCUGCUUCUCUGCUCGCUCUCGAUAGGACACACACAUGCACACACUCCGCAGAAAUAUUUUAGGAAGAUUCCAGAUAAAAAAGGAAGUAAAACCAUUAUUGCCUAUCACCUCUGAGGUUUAAAUACACAAUAAUGUAGAAUUAAUGGGAUUGAUUGAGUCAUAAAACGGCUCCUGAAUGCACAUCACUCUGACAUUCAGGAUGUAAACUGAUAAAACCUUGAACAUUGAAAUUCACAGUGUGGCUUAUUGACCAGGAGUUUACUAUCAUGUUUAUUUAUUUAUUUUUUAAAUAAAUCAGUUUUAAUAUACACAAUAAGAAAUAUUUUACACGGUAGAAGAGACUCUUGAAAGAAAUAAUUAAAUUAUUAAGAAUAAGUAAAUGCAUAAUUAAUGGGUAUUUGUACCGUAUACAGAUAUUUAGAUGUGAACGAAGAGUCUAAAAUACAUUUUACAGCCAUACUUUGAUGCAUCCAUAUUUUUAUACAUGGAUACCAAACCUUAUUGGAAUCACACAGGAGCAGCAAUGGCACAUGACAGCAUGUCUGAAUAGAUUCAGUGAUUAGUGUUCUUAAAAAAUAUUCUGAGAUAAAACGAGACCAGGAACAUCAGGAAUGUACAAUAAAGCUCACGUUGUAUAUACAUAUAAACAAAGCCAAACACACACUAGCAGAUAGUUUGCAUUCAAAAAUAUUGGAAAGCACAGCAAGAUGGCUUAAUCAAUCAAAGUCAUGCAGCUUUCGAUGUGGAUAGGCAUUUUCUUAUUUGUGCUGAGUCCUAAGUUGGCUGUCAUACACAAAUAUGUCUGUUGUAAAGAUUUUAUAGUUUUUAAAUUUUCAGAUCACUUAGUGCUGUGAACUGGUUCUUGUAGAUUUAACGGUUUUGUGUAACGUUAGUGGAGCUUUUCUGAUUUGGUGAAAGAUUGUUAAUCACUCACACACUCUACUGACAGUGAGACUGUGUAACAUCAUGGUUGUGUGAUGUGGCGGUUGCAUUACAUUACAUGAGCUCAUUAACACUUUUAUGUGUUAUUGACUUGAAAUAGUUUCAAGACAAGAUUUGUUUGUCCUUUACUUGUGUUAACCUGUGUAUCAACCUGGUGCUAACACAGUCUGAAAAUAGAUAUAUGUGACCUUUAAAGCCAUUGGGAUGACUGUGAACAGUGUGUGCAGUAUUGUGGAUACUGCAGUCUUUCUUUUAUACAUUUAUUGGUUGUGUGACUGUUUUUGACCAGAAAAAAUGUAACAUUAAAAAAUACAACUAAUUCCAGUUCUCUUGAGCCCAUAGUAAUGAAGUUUUAAAGCUUGCUAGUGAUGAUGAUUAAGAGCCAAAAGUGGAAUCAAACAAAGAUGGAUAAAGCCAAAGUGUAAAUUACUUUUAAUUAGAUAUGCUACUAUAAAAGUGAAAAUACAUGGGUACAUAUUAGUCACUUGCUGGUUAAAGCAGUAUACUUUCCAAAGCACGACCAAAUCAGACAGCACUUUGAUAAUGAGUCACCUUUCUUAAAUAUUUGUAGACGAUAUUUAGGUUUUUCUGUUAUGUGUUCACCUUUUGAACCUCUGUAUAUUUGUUUGUAUGUUUAUGUGAAUGUAUUGAACAUCACACAAUAUUAUUUGUACUUACACAAGAAGACUAAAAUUGAUUUUUAAUCCUUUGUAUAAUAGAUCUGAUCUUUUCAUGACUGUUGAGACCGUGACAAAUUAGGUCCCAUGUACAGUAACCGUGAAAAAAUCUGCUCUGUGCCAUAAAGUUAUUUUUCCCAUUGCAACUAUAGUUAUUGCUGUUACUGAUUUGAAUGUUGUGCAGGACUAAAGGAGAUGAGAGGGCAGGAGGCCUGUGCUUCACAUUCAGACCUUUCACAUUCCUAAAAAUCUGUUUUGUUGUUGAAACUCUGAGUUCAGUAUUACAUUACUUGCUUUGCUUUACAAAGAUUUAGUUUUUCAGUGUUUUUUUGUAAGUUAUAGAAGUACAGUUGGGAAAUGAAAUUUCGUGCAAUAUUAUUAUACUUUGUAUAACUGCAUUCGAGCCAGUGUUUUUUUUUUAGAUGUGACAAUCUCAGAAAACAGGAGUGAAACAAGAUAGUUAAUUCAUAAUGUACCUCAUUAGUUAGUUAGUGAGACUAAACUUUAUAGCUGAGAUCCUGUUUAUACUGUAAAGGCAUUUAGUUUUUGGUGACGAGAUACUUAACUUUUCUAGGUUUAUUUGGUAAUCUGUUAGAGAGCUCCACCAGGCCUUUCACUAUUCCUUUCAACAGGAUAGUAUCAUCCUAAAUGAUCAUCACACUGCAGAAUAUUGAAUCAGGGGUAAUAACUAAUAAAAUAUAAUUAAUUUACUGAUGACACAGGAUGUAACAACUAUAAUACUGUAAAGCUGCAUAAUUCUGUACAUUUUACUGUUUACAUAGGAUAUUAGGCUUUGAACAAACUGUAUGUACAUAAUCAAAAUGAUUCAGACUGUUGACAAACUGUUGAGGUUAAAUGGUGUUGUCCAAAGCUUUCAAUAAAUCACUUUUUCACCUGUCACACUUUAGAGAACAUUAAACAUCUACAUUCUUGCUCUGG